GCAUGCGCAAGUCCAAGUAUAAGUGCUCCGAUCUCGGGCGGCUGUUCAGCCGCGCUGAUCGGGGCCGGUACGGAAGACUUCUUUAUAAGUAAGGGAUAAGUCCUCGAAGGAUACUUUAUGUCUAGGAUGUUGAAUUUACGUUAUUUCUACUGUUUUACAGAAUAUCAUACGAUAUUCCUUGUCUUCUAAACCUUGGCGAGAAAACCUCUUCUUACAAGUCGGUACAUCUACAGGCGAAUAAUGGCCGAGGAAAAGAAAGACCACUGGUCGUCUGAGGCAUACCAGAACGCGGCCUCCUUCGUGCCGAAGCUCGCGACCAAGAUCGUGCAAUGGCUUGAUCCGCAGAAGGACGACGUCAUCUUAGAUAUAGGAUGCGGCGAUGGCGUGCUCGAUGUCCAGAUCCACGAGGUUCUAGCGCAAGGAAAUGGUAGUAUCCAUGGCACUGAUGCUUCGCCGGCUAUGAUCGAAGCAGCGAUAGAAACUGUUAAGAAAGCCGGGACUGCCAAGUGCACGUUCGAAGUCGUCGACGCCGUUGAACUCGCGAAGGCGCCACAUCUACAACGCGGACAAUACACCAAGCUCUUCUCCAACGCAGCACUGCACUGGGUCCUCGGGCAGUGCAAAACCGACGCCGCGAAACAGGCGGAAUUCUUCCGCGCAGCACGGGACGCGCUCGUGCCCGGCGGCACCUUUGCCUUCGAGAUGGGCGGCCUCGGCAACGUGUCAGAGAUGCGGGCGGCGCUCCUCGGGGCCGUGGCGCGGCGGGUCGGGCUCGCGAAGGCCGUCGAGCACGAUCCGUGGUUCUUCCCCGACGAGGCCUGGGCAAAGACGGUGAUGGAGGAGACGGUGGGCGGAUGGAAGGUAGAGAGGGCAGAGAGGGAGUAUAGGCCUACGACGGCGGAUGUGGGAGGGGUUGAGGGCUGGGUGAGGUUAUUCGGGGCGAGCUUCUUUGAGGCGUUGCCGGAGGGGAAGGAGAGGGAAGAGUGUGUGAGGGAGGUGGUGGAUGUGCUGGAGGUGGUGUGUAGAAACCCGGGUAGUGGUGGUGGGUUCCAUCUUGGGUAUGUGCGGUUGAGGGUGUUGGCGAGGAAGUUGUGAGUGCCUGCCUUCCUUCAUGCUUGCCAUGCCUACCUGAUCUGGUGAUUAGGUACUAGUGAUAGUAAUAUUGAAGUGAUCCUCGGUAUUAUUGCCUGGUAGGGAUUACUUAAACUCAAAGUCAAAGUUCUGGACUUCUCGAUGCCUAAACGGCCUCGACUUCCAAUUCGGUUGAGUUCCAAGGUUGAAGGCCUUAAGGAUGGAUGAUUCAGGGUUCCACUAAACAGUGUUUAAACUCGUACCUGUGUGGCGUAACAUCCUAGCACAUGAAAGAGAGUCAACCCCUCAAUAUAUUCUCUGUCGAUAAUACGAGGCCAUUUACCCACUUGUCUAACGAUAACGAAGAGGAGAAAAUGCUGUUAAAUAUCGAAUCAUGAACAUC